GCAGGAGGGAUGCCAGCUCCUGAGCAGACCCCCUUGUUGGAGGAGGGGCUGCAACAAACCAGCCAGGAAGUCUCCACAGACCCAGGCAUGGAACCAGAAACCACAGCCACUACCAUUCUUGCCUCUGUGAAGGAGCAGCAUUAAGUUUAUUUUUCAUCCACAUCUACUGGAACCCUUCUGUUCCCAACCCCUACCUCAGUUUGGAGCUUCAGUUUCAACGACUCACCAGAGAGCUGGAAGUGGAGAGACAAAUUGUUGCUAGUCAGCUAGAAAGAUGUAGGCUUGGAGCAGAAUCACCAAGCAUUGCCAGUACAAGUACAGUGUGUGACACACAACAGGCACUCAAUAAAUGAUUGUUGAAUAGAGAGCUUUGAAUACCUGAAAAAUCAGUAAUACCUGAAUUUUCUGGAAUUAUCAGCUCAACUGAAAAGUCGUUUCCUUGGAGAUCAGCAGAUGUGCCAAAUACUGGAGUAAGCAAACCUCGAGCUUCUGACACUGUCCAUCCUAACACCUAUCUCAUAAGGACAGAAGCAGAACAAGGGACGCUAUAUUCACCAGAGCAAACAUCUCUCCAUGAAAGUGAGGGAUCACUGGGUAACUCAAGGAGUUCAACACAAAUGAAUUCUUAUUCUGACAGUGGAUACCAGGAACCAGGUAGUUUCCACAACAGCCAGAACUUGGGCAAGGCAGAUAACAGACAACCGCAUUCAUUCUUAGGCUCAAGUAAUAGCCAUCUGGUGAGAAAUUCAAGAGCUGAAGGACAAACUUUAGUUCAGCCUUCUGUAAAUAUUACCAAUCGAACCAUGAGAAGAGUUAGUUCUGUUCCGUCUAGAGCACAGUCUCCUUCUUAUGUUAUCAGUACGGGCAUUUCUCCUUCAAGGGGGUCACUGAGAACUUCUUUGGGUAGUGGAUAUGGCUCUCCAUCAGUGACUGACUCCCGACCACUGAAUUCAAAUGUGUAUUCAUCUACUACCUUACCUGCCCAGCGAGCAGCAUCUCCAUAUGCCACACAGAGACCUGCUUCUCCCACAGCUGUACGACGGGUUGGUUCAGUCACAUCAAGGCAAACCGCUAACCCCAAUGGAACAGCUUCUCAAUAUCAAACAGCAGUCAGAGUGGGUUCACCUCUAACCCUGACUGAUGCACAGACUAGGGUAGCUUCUCCAUCCCAUGCCCAGGUAGGCUCAUCUUCCCCAAAACGCUCUGGAAUGACUGCAGUUCCACAGCAUCUGGGAUCAUCACUACAAAGAACUAUUCAUGAUAUUGAACAAUUUGGACAGCAACAAUAUGAUAUUUAUGAGAGGAUGGUUCCACCUCGUCCAGACAGUCUCACAGGCUUGAGAAGUUCUUAUGCUAGUCAGCAUAGCCAACUAGGGCAAGAAUUGCGUUCUACUGUAUCUCCUGACUUGCACAUCACCCCUAUAUAUGAAGGGAGAACUUAUUAUAGCCCAAUAUAUCGUAGUCCAAAUCAUGGAACCGUUGAGCUCCAGGGGUCCCAGACAGCAUUAUAUCGCACUGGAUCAGGUGUUGGAAAUCUGCAAAGAUCAUCCAGCCAGCGAAGCACUCUUACAUACCAAAGAAACAAUUAUGCUCUCAACACAACAGCUACCUAUGCGGAACCCUACAGGCCAAUGCAGUAUCGAAUGCAAGAGUGCAAUUAUAAUAGACUUCAGCAUGGAGCACCAGCUGAUGAUGGAACAACCAGAUCACCAUCCAUAGAUAGCAUUCAAAAAGACCCUAGAGAAUUUGCUUGGCGUGAUCCUGAACUACCUGAAGUCAUUCACAUGCUACAACAUCAGUUUCCAUCAGUUCAAGCAAAUGCAGCGGCCUACUUACAGCAUCUUUGCUUUGGAGAUAACAAAGUGAAAACUGAGGUUUGUAGAUUAGGAGGAAUCAAAUAUCUGGUUGACCUUUUGGACCACAGAGUUUUGGAAGUUCAGAAGAAUGCUUGUGGUGCACUACGCAACCUUGUUUAUGGAAAAUCUACAGAUGAAAAUAAAAUAGCCAUGAAAAAUGUUGGUGGGAUACCUGCCUUGUUGCGAUUAUUAAGAAAAUCUAUUGAUGCAGAAAUAAGGGAGCUGGUAACUGGCGUUCUCUGGAACUUGUCCUCGUGUGAUGCAGUAAAGAUGACAAUCAUUCGAGAUGCUCUGUCAACUUUAACAAACACUGUGAUAGUUCCACAUUCUGGAUGGAAUAAUUCUUCCUUUGAUGAAGAUCAUAAAAUUAAAUUUCAGACUUCACUAGUUCUACGUAACACUACAGGUUGCCUGAGGAAUCUCAGCUCUGCAGGAGAAGAAGCACGGAAACAAAUGAGGUCUUGUGAAGGCCUUGUGGAUUCCUUGUUAUAUGUGAUCCAUGCAUGUGUGAACACUUCUGAUUAUGACAGCAAGACUGUGGAGAACUGUGUAUGCACUUUGAGAAACCUGUCCUAUCGAUUAGAAUUAGAAGUACCUCAGGCACGACUUCUGGGAAUAAAUGAAUUGGAUGACCUAUUAGGAAAAGAAUCUCCCAGCAAAGAUUCAGAGCCAAGUUGCUGGGGGAAAAAGAAGAAGAAGAAAAAGAAGACUCCUCAAGAAGAUCAAUGGGAUGGAGUUGGCCCCAUACCUGGAUUUUCUAAGUCUCCAAAAGGGGUCGAAAUGUUAUGGCAUCCAUCAGUAGUAAAACCGUACCUGACCCUUCUAGCAGAAAGCUCCAACCCAGCUACUUUAGAAGGCUCUGCCGGAUCACUUCAGAACCUCUCUGCAGGCAAUUGGAAGUUUGCUGCAUAUAUUCGAGCUGCUGUCCGAAAAGAAAAAGGUCUUCCGAUACUUGUAGAACUUCUGAGAAUGGACAAUGAUAGAGUUGUGUCUUCUGUGGCAACUGCUUUGAGGAAUAUGGCGUUAGAUGUUCGUAACAAGGAGCUUAUAGGUAAAUAUGCUAUGCGAGACCUGGUAAAUCGUCUGCCAGGAGGCAAUGGUCCAAGCAUCUUGUCUGAUGAGACCAUGGCAGCAAUCUGCUGUGCUCUGCAUGAGGUCACCAGUAAAAACAUGGAGAAUGCCAAAGCCCUGGCUGACACUGGAGGGAUCGAGAAACUAGUGAACAUAACCAAAGGGAGAGGGGACAGAUCAUCCCUGAAAGUGGUGAAAGCGGCAGCCCAGGUAUUGAACACGUUAUGGCAAUAUCGGGACCUGCGGAGCAUUUAUAAAAAGGAUGGGUGGAAUCAAAAUCAUUUUAUUACACCUGUAUCAACAUUAGAACGCGAGAGAUUCAAAUCACACCCUUCCCUCUCAACUACCAACCAACAGAUGUCACCUAUCAUUCAAUCAGUUGGCAGCACAUCUUCAUCACCAGCACUGUUAGGAAUUAGAGAACCUCGCUCUGAGUAUGAUAGGACACAGCCAUCUAUGCAGUAUUACAAUAGCCAAGGUGAUGUCAUACAUAAAGGCAUAUAUGCUGGCUCCAGCAAACCUUCACCAAUUUACAUCAGUUCCUAUUCCUCACCAGCAAGAGAACAAAAUAGACGGCUACAGCAUCCACAGCUGUAUUAUAGUCAAGAUGACUCCAACAGAAAGAACUUUGAUGCAUACAGAUUGUAUUUGCAGUCUCCUCAUAGCUAUGAAGACCCUUAUUUUGACGAUCGAGUUCACUUUCCAGCUUCUACUGAUUACACAACACAGUAUGGACUGAAAUCAACAACGAAUUAUGUAGACUUUUAUUCCACUAGACGACCUUCUUAUAGAGCAGAACAGUACCCCGGGUCACCAGACUCUUGGGUGUAGCAUCAAGAAGCGCAGUAGGGGAACUCUUUUCUUCCUAACCUUCUUUCAACUGAGAUGGAGAGAUAUGUUUGCUGAUUUGAUGGUGAAACAGGCAAGUGAAAUGGAAGGAACAAAGGAAGAAGCGUUUUUUUCUUUGAGGAAUUAUUGGGAAAGUAAGGAAAGCAUUGGAAGAGAACUUUAUAGCUCUGCUUAGGUAUUAGAUCUCAUUUACUUGUAGUUCCUGUAGUGUGGUGAAGGUGUGGGCAAUGUGAUGAAAGGUUUGAGAAAUGGGUAAAAUGAGUUGGGAGAAUGUGUAGAACAAAUCAAAUUACAGAUGAUUUUUAUGUGAAUAAAGUCAUGUUCUGAUAGUUUGUACAGAAAAAGAAAAUGGAUGCCCUUCUUGUUUUAUUGCUAUUACUAAAUGUCAAGAUUGUAUGCUAUUAUGUCUUGUAAAUUUCUUUUGUUGGUGUAAAUAUGGAAAUGCCACAUUGGUUUAAAAGUGCCAUCAUUUGUAAUGCAGUGUGUCAUUUUAAAAGAGAUUUGAAAAGCUAACAAUUAAAAAACAAAUGGGAGACCCAAAAAACUAUUACCAAUUUUAAAAAUACCAUUUUUUUUUUUGUUUUUAAAAUGAAUAGUGUAAUUUGGAAGCACAAAGUCCAGUCCAGUAUAGCAAUGCCGUUCCCAUUCCCUGCCUCUUUCAUAGGACACUUCACUGCCAUUUUCUAUGCACAUGGAAGAAAAAUAAAUGUGGAAGUUUCAUCCAUGGAAAAGUGUUCCCUGCUCAUUUUUAUUUUCUGUAUGUAAUACGGAGAAACAUUUAAUAAAUGUGAAAUCCUAAUUGCAUGUUGUAAGCAGCUUAAAUAUAUUAAACCAUUUUUACUUUUUUUCUAAUUUUAUCCAGUUAAACAUUUUCAUGCCUGGUUAACAACAUCAAAGAAUUGACGCCUCACUAUAUUUUCUAAUUUAAUGCUUUUUUUUUUCCUGAAGAAUUAUUAUGAAUUACAUGUACUCAAGUUUUAUCAUGUUUUAAUUCGAUGACUUGUGUCAUGGGGAGACUACCUUCUCUUCCUCCACCCUAAGAAACUAAAUCUAGCAACUUGGCUUCAAUUAGUUGGUGUAGAUUCUACUUAGCUAACUAAUUAAUUAAUUAAAGCAUAAUUGUCACAUAGGAAUGGUAUCUAGGAAUUUGCCCUGUUGUACUAAUGCAUCUUAAAGCCUCAAAAGUCUAGAUCUUUUUAAUAAUGAAUGAUUUCAUUUCAUAUUCAUUACCCUCAAGAAAAGGUUGAAUAGAAUAAUGCCAUGAAGUAGGGUCUUAGACCCAAAGACUCGGAACAAUGGCUCCCAUAAUACGAAGCCAUAUAUACAGUUCAAUGCUUCCUUUAGAUCAGUGAUGGAGAAGAGGUAGCACCAGGUCCAAUCUCAGUAAGUAGGGCUCUUUGUUAUCUUGAAAGUCCUGCCACCAAAUUCAGUCAGGUACAACGAAUGUCUAGAUUUUCUAUGGAUGAUUUGUACCCCAGAAAUUCAGCACGCAAAUCAUAGGAGUGUAUUGUUUAAUCAUAGAUUAAUACAGGUGUAUACAUCUUUUGUGGCUAUACUUACAAAGAAACCCAAAGGGAAACACUUCAGAGAAAUCAUUCUAAGAAUUGUCAGGAACUCUCUGCCUGAGCCGUGUCUGUUAAGAAAUAUACAUUGAGAUUUAAUCAUAGGGAUGGGGAGAAGGGGAGCAGAGGCUAACACUUGAAGAACUGUACCUGUCUCAGGUCAUGCAGAGUCCUUGUCAUAGUCACAACCCUAACAACCAAGGUCUCCAGAUGCCCCAGGUUUUUUUUGUUUGUUUUGGGUUUUUUGUUGGUUUUUUAGUGAGGCAACUGGGGUUAAGUGACUUGCCCAGGGUCACACAGCUAGUUAAGUUUUAAGUGUCUGAGGCUGGAUUUGAACUCAGGUACUCCUGACUCCAGGGCCGAUGCUCUAUCCACUGCACCAUCUAGCUCCCCCUAGAUGCCCCAGUUUUAUUAGCAGGGGGAAUAGUGAUCUUGCAAAAACAAUAAUAGACUAAAAAUAAGGUAUCUUGAAUUCAACUUUUUCUCACAACCUUAACAAAUUCAACUCAAACAUUUCUUAAGGACAUAUAACUAUGUUCGAGGUUUUAUGCCAGAUGCUUGAGGAUAUACCGGUACCUCUCCACCCCCAUCAAGAAGCUUACAGUUUGGGGGGCAGCUAGGUGGCGCAGUGGAUAGAGCACCAGCCUUGGAGUCAGGAGUACCUA